CGUAAAAGGAAGUGUGACAACUUCCGGUUUUGGGCGGUGUGUGAUCCUCGCCGUAGGUACCUGCUCCUUUAUUUUUAUCAAAAAAUAAAGCAGACUUGAUGCCUUUUGGCUGGGCUUAAGCGGACUCUUCAUUUCUUAAACUGAGCGUUAACUCGAUUCACGCAGAUUGGUGACCGACCGAAGGUAUUGGGAGCGUGAUCAGUCGCAGCUGCUUCAUUGAUUGGGAUUGGGCCUUCUUGCAGUUCGUCGGUUCCGGUUCUUUUUUUUUUUUUUUUAUUCCCGUGCAGUUGGGAGGUGGAGUCUCUGUUUGUUGCCAUGGUAAAGAAGAAGAACAGCAUCCCCGGAAGAUGGAAGUCUUUGACAGCAAUUGGUCAGCGGAUUCCAGGAUCUCGAUUUAUUGCAUUUAAAGUCCCUUUGAAAUGGCAAGCAAAUCAACGCGUUGCCCCCAACCAGAAAUUCACCCCAAAAGAUUUGUUGUCUGAAAUCCGAGCAAGAAAUGAGGAUCUUGGGUUAAUCAUAGACUUGACGUACACAGAACGGUACUAUACAGAAAAGGAUCUUCCCAGAAGUGUGCAAUAUAUAAAGCUGUGCACAGCUGGUCAGCAAAUACCAGAAGAUGGCACAAUUCAUCAGUUUAAAAAAAUUGUUAGAAGAUUUAUUUGGCAAAAUACAAGCAAUGACAAGCUUAUUGGAGUUCACUGUACAACUGGUAUUAACAGGACUGGUUACCUAAUAUGCAGGUACUUGAUUGAUGUAGAUGGAUGGGAUCCAGAAACUGCAGUAAAUGCUUUUGCACAGACUCGAGGUCAUCCUUUAGAGGGAGUUGUAUACACAGGAGAUCUAUUAAAUGGACCAACAAGAAGUAAUCUGGGUAUAGACCAGCCACCAUCUGUAGAAGAGACACGAGGUGAACUUAAGAAUCAACCAGAAGAUCGGAGGCCAGAGAAGCAAUCUGCUCUUCGGUCCACAAAGCCAGAUUUUAUUACAGAUGAAUACGGUGAUUUCGAUGCACGGAAAUUGCCGUUACCACCUCCUUUGCCAAAAGAGAGACCAAGGUCAACUAAACUUUUCGAAGACGACAAGGACUUUUUAACCACUAUGCCAGAAUAUGUAGAAAGAGUUCGAGUGGCACGGCAAACAAUAGAGCGUCAAAAACUAGAGGCCAUCAAAAUAUCCGCAGUUAGAGAGAGAUCUAUUCAAGAUCAAAGUUUAGUUCAACCUAAACAACGAAUUUACAACAGUGUGGCAGAGGUUACACAAGAGAUACUCCGCAAUCGUUCCAUGGAGGCUGGGCGUCUUGUGGAGAGUCAGAGCCGCUAUGGAUCUGAACAACGAGUAGAGGCGACAUUAGAUCGAAACCAGGAACGUUUUGGCAAUAGAACAAUGGAUAGAAUAAUGCCUGCGAAUAGCUCUCAGUCUCUGGAGUUCUCACAGGGAAUGGUGGGUAGACAUGAUAAUUAUUCUAAUGCAGCACCUGGACCAGCGCCCUAUUCUUCUCAUCCGAUGUCUUUACCGAAUUUUAACACGGAAAUAUGCAAGACUGAUAUUGGAAAGACAGAAGCUCAAAGCCGAUUCCAAUACCAACAUGCUUCAGAAUUCUCCACCAAGAUGGCACCCCUGGAUAGAAACGAUUUACUGUUUGGAGAAAGACCAACUCCCCAGUUAACCUCUAAUAUUCCAACUUCACUAAACGAACUUCUACAAAAGGAGGCCACAAUGAACCACCGGCAGCUUCUUGAAAUGCAGUCGCGCAGUCUCCAGGAAAGCCCUGGAUUGUAUCUGAGAGAGAGAGAAAUGACUAUGGGACCUUUGCAAGGCCAGCGCAUGGAUGGAAUGCACCCAGAGGAAAAACAGUUUCUAAUGAACAAAGCCAGACUUAUGAUCGACAAUGAGAGAUCAGCAGGCACAAGUAAUUAUGAACCAAGGUUAUAUCAGGAAAGAAAUAUUAUUCCAGCUGCAGAUUUCCGUGGGGCCAACAGAUUUGCGCCGUAUCAGCCACCCAUGAGACCACAGCAAAGUAAUGAUUUCUUAAGAAACAGGGAUCCAGGACCUCCAUUACAUGAGAACAGAGACCACCAUGGUUCCCUGGCGUAUGGCUAUAAUUAUAAUAUGCAAAGAGGCGGGCAGCCUAUGGACAGAUUUUUGCUCCAGGAUAUCGAGGCUAGAAACAGAUUACAUCUUAAAUAGUUUUCUUUUGAAGUUGUCAGGUACGCUGACUCCGUUUUCAUAGUUACAUGUGCUUUCAAGUUAACUGUGACUAUUUGUUUCUCUAUUGUUCUCUCAUAUAGAGCAGUGGCCAAUGGGUAUGUCAUAUCAAAAUUUAAAUACAGUGCAAAUUUUCAGUAAGAUUCACUAUCGUGAAAAUGUAUAUUUAUUAUAAGCUUCAUCAUACUCAAAUAAGAAACUUUCUAAAAACAAUCCGUUAAAAAUUCUGCUUGGUUUCUGA